GAAUUAAAAUGGAGCAACGGCAUAAAGUGGUUUAUAAAAGUGUGUCUCAGAAUGCAGAUGGGAAACUUCUAUUGAAGAACGAAGAUGGUUCACAAAGGAAAAAUAGAACCUUUUUGUAUCUUUCAGCAAUAAUAGCUAAUUUAUUUAUGUUCAGCGUAUCGAGUCUAUUCAGCUGGUCUUCAUCGGCAAUAGAAAAAUUAACCGCAAAUAGUUCAGAUAUCAAUCCAUUGGGAGAACCAAUAACAGCAGUACAAGAAUCAUGGAUAGCCUCCCUACUUUCACUAGGAGCAGCAAUUGGUCCUCUUCUAUCUGGAAAGCUCUCCGAUACAAUAGGAAGAAAGAAGACUCUAGUAAUAAUGGCAAUUCCCAACGUCAUUUGUCUGUUAAUAAUAUGUUAUGCAAGAAACAUAACUAUUUUUUAUAUAUGUAGGUUUAUCAAUGGUUUAGUUACAGGAAUGGCAUUCGCUAUUACACCAGUGUAUCUUUCAGAAAUCGCGGAAGUUCACAACAGAGGAGCGAUCUCAACUUUGAUGGGGAUCUUCAUGAACUCAGGAGUCUUGUUUAGUUUUUUGUUAGGACCUCUUUGUUCUCUUAAGCUUCUGACGUUUUUGUGUGCCGUACCUUCGUUUUUGUUUAUUAUUGUAUUUGGAAUAUUCAUUCCAGAAAGUCCAAUAUUCCUAGUAUCGGUGCAUAAGGAAGACGAGGCAAAGGAAGCUCUAAAAAAAUUGAGAAUGACAAAGGACGUUAAUGAUGAGUUUAAAGCCAUAUUAGCUUCAUUUGAAGCUUCAAAUCAAAACGAACAAGGAGCUUUAGAGGUAUUUAAAGAUGCUGGAUCUAGAAAAGCUCUGAUUAUAAUCAUAGGAUUAAUGUUUACUAGCCAAUGUUCUGGAGUUAAUUCAGUUAUAAGUUAUCUUGAUACUAUUUUUAAAGCGUCUGGUUCUACUCUACCACUCUACUUUUUAACAAAUGCAGUUGGAGUUAUACAAGUUGCCGGAAAUUGUAUUUCGGUAUCAGUAAUAGAGAAAUUAGGAAGAAAAAUUCUAAUUUUGACAUCGGCCGUAGGUGUUUUAAUUACCGAGAUUACUCUUGCAGUUUACUUUUACCUCAAAGAUGUUCAACAUUACAAUCUGGAUGCGAUAUCCUGGUUACCGGUCGCUAGCACAUUUGGCUUCAUCUUUGCUAUAAGCUUAGGAGUAUCCCCACUACCGUUUACAGUUAUGGGAGAGAUCUUCCCUCAUAGUACUAAAGCUUCCGGAUCAGCUCUCGGUUGCUGUUCUUGUUUCGUUUUGUCUUUUGCCGUCACCUUUACUUUUAGGGUAUUCAUGAACUUGUAUGGCAUAGCUUUUUGUUUCUCUUUGACCACUUGUUUUGUGUUUUGUGGUAUGCUUUUUAUUUACUUUUUUCUCCCUGAAACGAAAGGGAAAACUGAAAGUGAAAUUCAAAAAAUGUUAAUAAAGUAAAUAUUAAAGUGAAAAUAUUUGCAAACUGAUGUACACAUUUAUCCCAAUACAUAUCUUAUGAUUUUGAACACAAAAACAGAAAUACUUUGUUUUGACUUUAAAACAAAUCAUUCUUUAGCUGACUGAUACAGCUGCAGAGUUAAAUUAUUUGUAUUAUUUAGAAAUACAUUUAUUUGCACUUACUAUAAAAUAUG